AUGCUGUGCGCACCGCCCUUCCUGCUCUUGCUGCUCCUGCUGGGGAUGUCUGCUCCCUCCCACGCCUGGUCUAGGCCCCUGUGGUACCAGGUGGGGCUGGACUUGCAGCCCUGGGGGUGCCAGCCAAAUAGCCUGGAUGGUUGCGGGGUCAGCCUGGGCUGUCCUGGCCAAUGGAUGAGCCUGGGGAUGAACCCCAUCUACCCCUUGGCGGGGGUCACUCUCACCACUGCCUUGAUGCUGAUGCUCAGACACAAGGUGCUGCAGCGACGGCGCUUACAGGACCCCAAGAGUGAGCACUCGAAGGUGGCCACUAAAACCUCUGGACCCUGUAAACGGCGGACCCCAAUCUCAGAUCACACCAUACUGCUCACGGUCCUGCACAUGCUGGAUGCCCUCCUGGUCCAAAUCCAGGGCCACCUACAGCAUCUAGCCACUCAGCAGCCAAGGCAAAUAAAGGGGACUCCCACCCAGAAUGGGUGA